AUGUUCCAGUAUGACUCCACUCAUGGCAAGUUCAAUGGCACUGUCAAGGCUGAGAAUAGGAAGCUGGUCAUCGAUGGGAAAGCUGUCACUCUUAGCGAGGUCCCACCAACAUCAAGUUACACUGCUGCAUAUCCAACACAAUCCUCCAUUCCUUCUAGAUUUCGAACUUUGAAAUAUGCAACAUCAGAAAGAAAAGGAUUUAAUAGUCAAGUCAAGAGAUUCUAUUAUAAAAAGGAUGAUAUCCCAGGUCCUGGAUUCUAUGACAUCAUUCACCAGCCUCUCGUAUUCAACAGUGUCUCGUUGUCGAAGAAGGGAACGUGCACUUUUCCUUCUUUGAGCACCCGAAUGGAGAAGAUAAUUUCUAAAUAUCCUGCGUCUAAUACGUACUCUGUUCCAUCGUGUAUUUUUGCAAAGAAAGACUUCAGUAAUUCCUGUUCCAGCAUGUUCCAGUUGCCAAGUUGUAACAGGGUUCUCAAAUUUGAAACUCCUGCACCAAAUCAUUACAACGCCUCUAUCUCUUGCUGUAAGCAGAGAAAUAAUGUCUGCGCCCGAGCUGGAUUUCUGUCAAAGACUCGGAGAGGGGCUUUCACUGUUACUGAAACAGGUCCUGCACCAGGACAUUAUAAUAUCAACGAAUCUCUUGUGAAGCAGUCACCAACGGUAUUAGUGUCUUGUUUUAAAUCGAAAACUGACCGUGGAGUAAAAAUGCUCUCAACAGGCCCAGGACCUGGUUCUUACAACCCGAAUGACCAGUCUAAAGUUCAGAGAAAGUCUCUUAUCCCGAAACACCCCAUGCUGAACAUCUCUGCCCAGCCUUUGCCUGUGCCGUCAAAGCCGUCUUUCCCAGGCCCUGGUCAGUAUGACAUCGUGGAUUAUGAAGGGCCCCCCAAGCAUUUCAUCUCGAGUGCCUCAUUUAUGUCCAACACCGGUCGAUGGACGAUGGCCCCGUCUGAGCCAGAACUACCCGGCCCAGCCACUUACAAGCCGGAAUUCCCAGGGAAGCAGUCCUUUCUCUACAACGAGGACAACAAAUGGAUCCCCGUGCUGUAA